UCUCCCAUUUCCUCACCCCAAACGGCCACCACCCCUUUCCUUCUUCCUCACGCCUCUUCUUCUGUCAACCCAACAACCAAAACGACCGCGUUUCCCUCCUUCUUCCUAUCACCAACAUGUGAUGAUCAUGAUGAUCACGACGAUCAUGACUUCCCCCCUCCGCGAUCCCAACAACAGCUUUUCGCAAUGCUUCAUCUAAACGACGUCGUCACCAACGGCACCCUCCGUCUCGCGUAGCCAUCACCGUCUCAUUUCCGCGGGAUGUCGAACCUGUACGGCGAUUUCAACCACAAGAUCGAUUACGUCUUCAAAGUCGUGUUGAUCGGUGACUCCGCCGUCGGCAAGACCCAGCUCCUCGCGCGCUUCGCCAGAAACCAAUUCAGCGCCGAUUCGAAAGCCACCAUAGGCGUGGAGUUUCAGACCAAAACGCUCAUCAUCGAUAACAAAACCGUCAAGGCUCAAAUAUGGGACACCGCGGGCCAAGAAAGGUACAGGGCAGUUACUAGUGCAUAUUAUCGCGGUGCUGUUGGAGCAAUGUUAGUUUAUGACAUGACUAAGCGUCAAUCAUUUGAUAACAUGGCAAAGUGGUUAGAGGAACUGAGAGGCCAUGCAGACAAAAAUAUUGUUGUCAUGCUAAUUGGCAACAAAUGUGAUCUUGGAACUCUUAGAGCAGUGCCAACUGAAGAUGCCGAGGAGUUUGCUCAAAGAGAGAACCUAUUCUUUAUGGAGACAUCAGCACUUGAGUCCACUAAUGUGGAAACUGCCUUUCUGACCAUUCUAACUGAGAUAUACAGACUUAUAAGCAAGAAAACACUAACUGCCAAUGAUGAUGCUGAUCCACUUGGCAGUUCAGGGCUUCUGAAGGGAACCAAGAUAAUUGUUCCCAACCAAGACAUGAAUGCUGGUGAAAGAAAGGGUGGCUGCUGUGGAUAGUCUUAGGUUUCGCUUGUUUCUACUCUUCUUGGGAGCAUAUUGCUCCCCCGACUCCGCCUACAUGUGGCGUUUGUAGAGAGGACAGAUACUUUUAUUGGUCAUCCAAUCAGCAAAAUGUAGUCUAUAUUUAUUUAUCACUAUGCUUGUUGAUCACAAGCUUGCAGUUUUUCUGCUGUUUUAAUCUUUUACAGCUUUAGGAUUUCAAUUUGUUAAUACAAAUCCCCGGUUUUGAAGGGAUGGUUCAGUUCAGACAGAGGAAUGCAAACUGUAUAACUAGCUGGAUGCAGUUGUUUUUGGCCUGUAGUUGAAUUUUUUAGUAUUAAUGUUGUCUUUGAUGUGAGAUACUUAUUAAUUAUAGGAAGGGAUCAACUUACA